ACCAAUAGUAGAAAGGAAUGUGUUUUGUUCCGGAUUUUGAACUAACGAGAGACGGUUAGAACUUCAAAACAGUCAGAAGAGCGUAGAAAGCGUUACAAAAAUUAAAGAGGGACACAUUAACAAGUCAGGAGAAUCUGCAGCACAAUGAGGAAAAGUGAAGUAUUAGCUGCAGAGUCUGUGGCGUGCUUGAAUAAAGCACUGUCCCAUCUGAAGGAUAUCUGGGAAGAGAUUGGAAUCUCUGAGGAUCAGCGUCUGGAAAGAACUGAAGUAGUUAAUAAACAUAUUAAGGGUCUUUUAAAUAUGAUGAUUGCAGAGGAAGAAAGCCUUAAGGCACGUCUGCUGAAGAGCAUCACAGUGUGUCGCAAGGAACUUGACUCAGUUUGUUUGGAAUUACAGUUUGCACCAUUUGAGGAAGAAGAAGGAAGUACAAUUCUCCAGACAGAGAAAGAUAUUCGCACACGGUUGGAAGUCAUGAAGAAGCAAAAAAGAGACCGAAUGCAAGAGCUGAAGAACUUAAAAGAGCAGGAACUAGAUCUAUGUGACAUUCUCAGUGUAGAGCCUUACAGCAUUCAUGAUGACUGUGUCCCCAGCUUGGAUGAACUUGGUUGCUACCGUCAGUAUAUUACAAGUCUGAAUGAAGAAAAGGUACGUCGCACACAUGAAUUUAUUAAUAUUAAAAAGAAAAUUGUUAUAAAUAUGGAGGAGCUGGAGCACUUGCCAGACACUAGUUUUGAGAGAGAUGUUGUAUGUGAGGAUGAAGAUGCCUUUUGCUUGUCGACAGAUAAUAUUGCUGCUUUGAAACAGUUGCUGAAUCAGCUGGAAGCUCAAAAAUUGGACAAUGAAGCUAUAUGCAUAUCCUAUCGAAACAGGGUCCUAGAGUUGUGGGACAGGCUUCAAAUUCCCCAGGAAUUCAGAGACAGCUUUUCUUGUCACUUUACUGACUAUAGGAAAAAAGACAUUCAGGCAUUAAAGGAUGAACUUGAACGCCUUGAAGACCUAAAGAUGCAGAAUAUUCAAAAUGUUAUUAAAAAAAUCAGGGAAGAGAUUGUCUUGUAUUGGGAAAAGUGUUUCAUCAGUAGUGCACAGAGAAAAGCCUUUACGCCCUAUUAUGAUGAGGUGUAUACGGAAGACGUUUUGUAUCUGCAUGACAGUGAAAUUUUACAACUAAAACAAUACUACAGUGAUCAUGCGGAGCUGUUUGAAGGAGUAUGCAAAUGGCAAGAGAACUGGAAGCUAUAUUUGGAAUUGGAGGCCAAAGCCACAGAUCCAUCACGGUUCAAUAAUCGAGGGGGAAACCUUUUGAAAGAAGAGAAGCAGAGAGCUGAUCUACUCAAACUUUUGCCAAAGUUGGAAAAGAAGUUGAAAGCAGAGAUUGAUACUUGGGAAUGUAAGAACGGUCAAGAGUUCCAAGUGAAUGGUCAGAAGUUUUUGCAGUUUGUUGAGGAACAAUGGGAGCUACAUCGACUGGAUAAAGAACGAGAAAAGCAGGAAAGGCAAAUGAAGAAAAACAAACAGAUAGAGGAAGAGAUGCUUUAUGGCACUAUUAUCAAAACCCCAGCCAAAAGGAGACUUUUGGGUGCUAACACUCCGGGUAAAGCACGAAAGUUGAAUGCUACUUCCAACAGCACUAUGCGCUCUGCUGUUUGUGGGGUACUUUCUUUUUCUCCUAAGUCUCGCCCAUCUCCAUGUGGAAGUAAGUUAGGGCAACCACUGCGAACUGCAGUACGCAGCAAACCACCUCUGGCUGGACAAGCAGAAGACAACAAGGAAAACUUAUCACAUUUUAAUGGAACUACAAAGAGUGGUGCGUUGAGAAGUGGACCUAAUCAGCACCAGCAUUUCAGCAUUAAUUCUGUUGCCGGCUCCUAUUCAGAAUUUGCGGGUUCUGUGGAGUCUGAUCCUUUCCCAACAGCUUUUGGAGCAAAACAGGAAAAUUCUGCAUGAGAACAUUUGAUGGAAGGAAAAUAAAGAAAGAACUUUCAAAGGCCUCAAAAUCUAACUAUGUGCCUCGGAUCCUCAAUUCUACAGUCACUAAUAGUAACUAAUACGAAGCAACAUGGACUGGAUCCCUUGAAGAAUCCUCUCUCCAAGACUUGCUCAGCACUGUUGUAAAAUAACUAAGUUGUAUUUCUAUAUGACUUGAUUUGGACAAAUUAAUUGUGUCAGAACUGAGCAGUAUAAUCCAGCAGACUAAAAGUCCUGUUUGAUUAUAUUCACAGUGGCUUUCACUCACACUGUAAACUAAGAAGAUUUAAGUAAACACUAUUGUCUGUAUCUAAAAGAUGUUUUGAAUUUUAUCCUAAUACAACUCAUACAAGAGUAAUGUUUUUUAAAACCCUUUUGUUGCAAAAGGAGUUUUAGUUCAUACGCUUAUUUUACGAAAUACAAGUUUGUAUUAAUGAAUGCAAUACUGUUGCUAAUCUAGUUCUGUAUGCAUUUAUACCAUUAAUCAAAUUAUUUGCACAUUUGACACUGCGUUUGUAUUAAUAAUUUACUUUAUUAUUUAUUCCUAAUGUGCUAUUCUUUCCUUAUGUUUUAAGUGGCUUCCUAGGACUGUCACUUUAGUUUAGGUUCCAGCUAAAACAGUUUGUUUUUUAUUAUGUUAAGGCAAUUUAUGCAGAAAGCUGAAACAAUGUAAAUAAUUCUGUAACUUAAAUUAGUACACAUUGCUCUUUUAAAGAUGUUUGUGUAAAAUUGACCAACUAUAGAAUGGGAAAAGAAUUUGCUGUAAGAUGUAUAAAAUAUUUAUAUUUUUGAGUUAUAUUUAAAUUGCAUUCCUUUUAAAAUUUUGGUUGUAAUGACAGUGUAAAUUAGUUUUGUUUUAUUCAUAGAAUUCUGUAGACAAAACAGCUAAAGAGUAUUAUAUUAUUAUUCUAAUGAACGGUUUAUGCACACUACUUGUUUAAAUAGGAACCAAUCGGAAGGCUUGCCUCAUAUGUAUGGGAGCUGGUUGCUUGCAGGUUUUGUGUAUCGCCAUGUACAAAUAUAUUCUAUGCCUUGAUCUCAAACCUGACUGUUCUGAUGAAGAGUAUGAGUGGCACCUAUUGCUGUCAAUGUGUACUUGAUUGCUGAAUACACUGGAGCUACUAAAUUAACACUCGGCAUUGGAAUCCUGUUGUUGUGGGAGUAGUUCACCCAAGCCAAUAUGAAGGAAAAGCAUGACAAAUGGGGUCUAAAGUUGGACUUUUUGUUUAUUUCUGUGUUAAUAUAACAUUUAGUAUUGUUUACCAGCAGAAAUUGAGUUCUGGAGAGGUGACACUCUUGAAGCAAAGGAAUCUCUCCCUAGGCUUGCAAGUGUUGCAUAAGUGUGGUGUCUGCCGCUAGAACCUGCAUAGUUGUGUGAUGAUGCAUUGCAAGACAAACUGACAUACUGUAUAGCACGGUAACUGAGUAGCAAUUGAAUCCCUCUCAUUUCCUCCCAGAAGGCAAUGAAGCAACAGAAAAAAGGAGUUGCUGUAUUUGCUGUCAUGUCUAGUAAAGGAACCAUAUUAGCAGCAGCCAAAGAAUGCAUGUUAACCCACUAAUGCUGAAGUUCUGCCACAAAAAUUAAUGUUUAGUUGCUUGUGUAUCACAGAAGCCACUGUAAUUAUUGGGUAUAGAUGCAUGCAUAGUUGUUUUACAGAGUAAGACAUCAUUCAGUAUUAGUGAUGAAAAUGCACACAGCACCACCAGUUGUAUCCUUAUGGAUAGAAUCCCAUUGUCUGUUAUUGACAGGAGCCCUUGAACAGAGACAGAUUAACCUAGCCUCAUCAGACCA